GUGUCGGGAGCGCAUGACCAACGAACGCUAACACUGCUAUUGUUGUUAUUACUAAUGGCAGCUGAGGGACAUAACGUGGAUGCAACUCUGCUAGCGGUUGGCCGAGAUCAUGGACAUUAUUUCGUACGUAAAACAUUUGUAUGCAAUUUCGUUUGUCACGACAAAUGCGUGAAAACCGUUGUGUCGUACUGCAGUGGUGUGGCUUUACAACUGAUAAAGGUACAUGAAUUUUUAACGCUUGAUGCUGUUGCAUACAUUUAUUUGCAUCUAGGUAUUUAG